GAUAUUAUGACGCCAUAUUCGGUUGUCCCCAAGUAGCUCGAUCAGCAAGAGGUUGUAAAGUCGAAACGCUCUUGUGGGUUUUUAUUUCGAAUAUUUUCGCACUUUUCUUUCGAGCUGUCAUCUGUCAUGACUAGAGACUAAUAUCGAGAGAAAAAUAGGUAUAGAAAUACAUUUUUGUAUUUAUGCUGGUUACCAUAUCUGUCAAGAUUUUUCAUGCGAAAUUUGCUGUCACUGUUCUACAAUUAUUAGCUUUUCCAAAUCCGAGUUAUAUUUAUCGUGUCUUUGCACAUGAAAUCAUCGAUUAUAACACAGUGAGUUUUAUUAAGGUGUGUUGAUUCCAGCUAAACGACUCGCUGAUGUCGUUUAUUUGUUAUUAAAUUUUUCCAAGUGGAAAGAAAAUAACACGUUACAAAAGACGGAAAAAAUUAUGUAGUUACAAUGGUUGCAAGCUCGGCGACUGAUAUGACUGGACCCAUAUAUCAUGAGAGACAAGUGAAGGAGCUAUGUGCGUUACAUGCACUAAACAACUUGUUUCAAGAGCGUGGCUUUAGCAAACAGGAAUUGGAUCAGAUUUGUUACAGUUUAAGUCCUGAUGUAUGGAUUAAUCCUCAUAAGUCAUUACUAGGACUUGGCAAUUAUGAUAUUAAUGUUAUUAUGGCUGCUCUUCAAAGAAGAGGACGUGAAGCUGUAUGGUUCGACAAGCGUAGGGAUCCUAAGUGUCUUUGUCUAGACAACAUUGAGGGUUUUAUACUUAAUGUUCCAACUGAAUAUAAACUAGGUUUUGUGUUACUUCCUUUGAAACGACGUCAUUGGAUUGCUCUAAAAAAGAUUCACGGUGCCUUUUAUAAUCUUGAUUCAAAACUGGACUCACCCCAAUUAAUAGGAAAGGACAACGAUUUACUCAUAUAUUUAAAGGACCAGAUAGAUAGCAAGGAAAAAGAGCUAUUCCUUGUUGUUUCUAGAGAAAUUGAUAGCAAUCAAGGAUGGUUAAUAGACACAUGUGAAAACAAAGAAGACAAUAACAUGGAUCAUGAUUCCAUUAGGUAUAUUGAAGACGGAUAUCCAGAUUUAGAUUUGAAGAAAUCAGAAUCCAGAGAGAUGAAUGAAAAUGAAGAAUUUCUUGAUAACAAAAAUUCUAGAUAAUUGGGGGCAUCAUGCUCUACUUAAUUGUUUAUUUAUUUAUUGUUGCAAUCUUAAGUAAAAAAUGUGACUAUAGUUGUUGCAAAGAAAGACUUGAAAUUAUAAAAACAAAGGAAGAAAAAUGAAGCAAAUAAGGAAAAUUACGUAUAAUAAGUGUUUCACUAAAAGUGUUUCACAGUAACAUUUCCAUUCCAUAUAAUGCAAAUAAAUUUAUUUAUUUAUUUUUUUUUUUUUUAAGAAAAUUAUUUGCGUAUAUGUAUCACAUUGUGUAUAUCACGUGAUAUCAUGUAUGUACAAUUUACACAACACAUUUUAAGUGAAACAAUGCAAUUUAAAAAUUAAUAUAUAAGAUUAUAUAGCGUUAGAUAUUUAUUAAAAAUGAAAAAUGCUGCUUUAAUUAAAAGCUAAAAUGUAACUCAUAUUUAAACGACAGCUAUUCACAUGAAUUGCGAAAGGGUAUUUAUAUGUACAUGUAUCGUGAUAUUAUUUAUUGUGAUAAUCAUAUCUGUUAUUUUAUGGCUUGUGUAAAUAAACACUUAUAAAAUUA